AUGCCGAAAGUCAAGUCAUCCUGUUCAAUACGUCUUAAACAUUUUGUCAACGAGUUUGGGAAUGAUAUUUUUUCAACGGAUGGCUUGGUUUUAUAUUGCAUUCGUCAAGAUUAUGUUCAUUUAUUUGUCACUGAUGCUGCACCAUACAUGAUUAAAGCUGCGAAUUCGUUAAAAGCACUUUAUUCGAAAAAGGUGCAUGUCACCUGUCUUGCACAUGUGCAUCAUACAGUAGCAGAAACAAUUCAUGGAAAAUUCGAUAAUGUAGACGGACUUGUGUCAAAUGUUAAAAAAAGUGUCUUCAUAAUUGAUGAUAGUCUGAUUAAGAGUUUGUCUUUGAUUGAUACAGUUAUUCCGAACAUUAUAGCCAGACAACAGAGCCCUGCUACUAGCACUGAAACAAUGAGUGAUAAACUGAAUAGCAAUAUUGAAAUACCUGCUAAAAAAGCUACUAUUCUCACGGGUCAUAGAUCUGCAGCUUUGGUUUGUGAGUGGAAUCCAACCGUUGAUUUACUUGCUUCUGGAUCAAGAGAUGGUACAGCGCGUAUUUGGUAUAUGGCGGACAAGGGUUGUACUUCAACAUUUAUAUUGAGACAUUAUAUUCAAAAUGAAAUAACUGCUGUAGUACCCAGAAAUAAAGAUGUAAUUUCCCUUGCUUGGAAUUGUGCUGGAACAUUAUUAGCCACAGCUUCAUAUGAUGGUUAUGGUCGAAUUUGGAAAAGAGAUGGCAAUAUAUCAAGCAUUCUUAGUCAACAUAUAGGUCCAAUUUUUGCUUUAAAAUGGAAUAAAAGAGGAAAUUAUAUACUCAGUGCCGGAUUUGAUAAGACUACUAUUAUUUGGGAUGCUGCAUCAGGCCAGUGCAAUCAGCAAUUUGCAUUCCAUAUGGCACCAGUAACUGAUGUAGAUUGGCAAUCAAACAGAAGUUUUGCAUCAUGCAGUGCUGAUACAUUUAUUCAUGUUUGUCGUUUAGGUGUUGAUCAACCAUUAAAAACAUUCAAAGGGCAUAUGAAUGAAGUUAAUGCAAUUAAAUGGAAUCCCCAAGGAAAUCUAUUAGCUUCUUGUUCAGAUGACAUGACUUUGAAGAUUUGGUCUAUGAAACUAGAUAACUGUGUGCAUGACUUACAAGGACAUAACAAAGAAAUAUUUUCAAUCAAAUGGAGUCCAACCGGUCCAAAAACCGCCAAUCCAAACAUGAAUAUAAUACUUGCUAGUGCAUCACUUGAUUCAACUGUACGUUUGUGGGAUAUUGAGCGAGGUGCAUGCAUACAAACUCUGAUCAAGCAUAUUGGACCUGUCUGCAGUAUAGCCUUCUCACCCGAUGGAAAGUUUUUGGCAUCUGGCGGUUUUGAUAAAUGUGUUCACAUAUGGUCAACACAAAGUCAUCAAUUAGUUCAUAGUUAUAAAGGAACAGGUGGUAUUUUUGAAGUUUGUUGGAAUUCUAAGGGUGACAAAAUUGGGGCAAGUGCACAUGAUGGAAGAGUAUUUGUGUUGGAUCAACGAAAACUAUAA